GUUUCUUCUGUGAGUGAAGUGGAGGUCAAAUUGUUUAUAUUGUUAUGAAUAUUAUCAACGUUUUCUAUGAAACUAAAACAGUGAGAAUUCUACCACGUAAUAUACUUUCAAAUAAUGAUUUCGUUUGUGAUAAAAUGUGCAAACUUUUUUACUGGUAUAUGAAUACUAACGAAACAUGUUCCAUACCACGUUUGAUACUUAUAUGUACCUAUGUAGUUUGCCUAUAUUAAAUUAUAAAGAGAGGUAGUUUAUAUGUAGGUAUGUGUCUGUGUCCAAGGUUAUCUCAGAAACUAUUCAAUCGACUUGGAUAAUUCUUUCAUUGUUGGAAAAUACACAAAAUUUUCUCCAGAUAAACAUAAGCCAUUUUAUUACGCUUACUUCUCAGGGAACAGAAAAAUGAACAUAAUGCGAUCGGAUUAAGUCGAAAUCAGAUUAAAACAGCUUGAUUUUCAUUGCACGAUUGCGCUUUGUUACAUCGACUGUUGAUAGCUGCUUCCUACAAAUAUUUCUUGAAUACUAUUUACUAUAUUGAUUUCUAUUACAAAUGAUAGUAAGCUUAGAAUCGCGAAAUUAAAUUCAUAUCAGUUUCCACCAGUUUUAUGCGGACGAAAUAGCGGGCAACAAUUAAUAUUUUUAUAACUGUGAUAUAAGAAAAGACACAAAGAAAUAUGCACUAUUUGUGAGAAAUAUGUACUAUCAGAUACUAUUGUUGUACUAUGUCGUAUUAUGCUUUGAUCAGAGACUGACAAGAGUAGGGAGAUCGCCAAUGCAUAUGAGAAAAAUUCUGUCAGAAGUAGGCUUUACUUAUUUCCGUCUCUAACAAUCGAACGGUCGAACGAAAUUCAUAUUUCUUCCUCCGGUAUAUUUAGUGGGAGAAACGUGCCGGUAGUAUCGUGAACAGUAUUGAGCUAUUUUCCACAACAAAUAAUAUUUUUAAUGUCAUUAUAUUGAUAAAAAUGACACGAGUAACAUUUUUACAUCCGGAUCUUGGCAUAGGAGGAGCAGAAAGAUUGGUAGUUGAUGCUGCAUUAUCUUUAAAAAAACAAGGUUAUGAGGUUAAUUUCGUGACAACUCAUCACGAUUCCGAACAUUGUUUCUCUGAAACAAAAGAUGGAACAAUUCCUGUUACGGUUGUUGGAAGUUGGUUGCCCAGGCAUAUCUUGGGUAGAUUCUUUGCACUUUUUGCUUAUAUUCGUAUGAUAUAUGCAGCUAGCUACAUCGUUUUCUGUGAAAAUCGACCAGACAUUGUAUUCUGUGAUCUAGUUUCUGCAUGCAUCCCUAUUCUUCGCUUACGAAUUCCAUACAUAAUUUUUUAUUGUCAUUAUCCAGAUCAAUUACUUUCACGGCCAGAGGGUCUUAGUAAACAAUUGUAUCGUGUACCCCUUAAUUAUCUGGAAGAAAUAACAACUGGAAUGGCACAUAAAAUAUUUGUAAAUAGUCUAUAUACACGUUCAGUGUUUAAGGACACUUUUAAGAGAUUAACUAUUGAACCUGAGGUUUUAUAUCCCUCUAUCAAUACAGACUAUUUUGAUAAAGCACGAAUAAUACCUUUAGAAAGAGUACUUGAUAAAAGAUUACCACCAAAUAGUACUAUAUUACUAUCUAUCAACAGAUAUGAACGUAAAAAAAAUUUGGGGCUAGCAAUAGAAGCACUAGCACAGCUCAAAAAGUACUUAAAAGAAGAAGAAUACAAAAAAGUAUAUUUAAUCAUGGCUGGUGGAUAUGAUAAAAGAGUUGAAGAAAAUGUAGAACAUUAUUUGGAAUUAAUAGGUCUUGCUGAUGAGCUAAAUGUUACAGAUAAAAUAAUAUUUCUUCGUUCUCCUUCAGAUAUUGAUAAAGUAUCUAUUUUAUAUCAUUGUAUGGUUUUAUUAUAUACGCCUCCAAAUGAACAUUUUGGUAUUGUACCACUUGAAGCAAUGUACAUGAGUAAACCAGUAAUUGCACAUAAUUCUGGUGGUCCAAAAGAAUCUGUUGUUUCUGGAAUUACUGGAUUUUUGGUUGAUUUAUCUGGUGAUGCUUUUGCUCUGAAAAUAGCUGAUUUAAUUAAAAAUCCAGAAUAUGUUCAGCAAUUUGGUGAUGCAGGCAAAGUUAGAUUUAUGGACACUUUCAGUUCUGCUGCAUUUAGUGCUCAAUUGAACAAAACAAUUGAAGACUUAAUUGACAAUAAGAAAGUAAAGUAAAAUUGUAAUUAUUGAACUUUUAUACAUAGCAGAUAAAAAUUUAAAUUGUUACAAUUUUACUAUAUAUUCUUUAUGACGGAAACUAAUGAGAAAAUAUUAACAAAGAAAUGAGAAUCAUAUUAUACGACUUUAAAUUUCUUAGUAAAAUAUAUUGAUUGUAUCAAUCGCAAUAUUUUCUUAAUUACCAAAUUUUUGAUAUGUGAAUUAUAAUUUGCUACAUUUGCUAA